AUGGGGCCAGCCCCUGCCAAAGCCCGCUUCGCAGCCGGCCUCCUCUGGGCGCUGCUGGGCGCGGCGCUGGGCAUGGCGGGGAGCAGGCAGGAGACGUCGCUUUUAAAGUCCUUGGGCCUGAGCGCCAAGCCGACCCCCGCGGCCCCGGCCCCGGUGCCCUCCGUGCUGUGGCGCAUCUUCCAGGGGCGGGCGCUGCCUCCCCCCGGGGACCGCGCGCCGGACCGCGCCUGUCGGGUGGAGGAAUUGAAUGUGCCCGGGAACAUCAUCCGCGUCUUCGCUGACCAAGGCCACUUCAUUCACAGUGGGGAGCCCAAGACUUUCCUGUGUCUGGAGAAACGUCUGUACUUUAAUUUAUCUGUGUUGGAGGAGGGGGAGCAACUGACAAUGGCUCAGCUGGAAAUCAACUUCAGCCACAACUCCUAUCACACUUCCAGUGGCGGGCAGGUCUUUGAGCUGCGGCUGUACCAAGCCCUGCAGAUGUCUCUGCGGGGGAUGUCCUCCCACACGUACAACCACAAGCUGCUGGUGGCGCAAUCCUUCGCGCAGCUGCACAAGUCCCUCCUCUUCAACCUGACCGAAGUGGCGAAGGGCUGGCGAACCCCCAGCAAGAACCUGGGCUUGAUCCUGGAGAUCUCUGUGAGCAGCAGGGACAGCGCCGAGGCCUUGCCACCCCGAAGGCUGCAGAACCUCUGUGCCAGCAUCGACUCCUUCCUCGACACCUCGCUGUUGGUGGUGUCCCUCAAUCAGAAGCAGUGCCAGGCCUCCAGGAAGAGGCGAAGCUCCUAUUAUACCCCGGUCACCCCAAGCAACCUCUGCAAGCCAAGGCGGCUUUACAUCAGCUUCAGUGACGUGGGCUGGGAGAACUGGAUCAUCGCGCCGCAGGGAUACAUGGCCAACUAUUGCCUCGGGGAGUGCCCUUUCCCAUUGACGGCAGAACUCAAUAGCACCAACCACGCCAUCCUCCAAACCAUGGUGCACUCCCUUGACCCAGAAGGAACCCCCCAGCCCUGCUGCGUCCCAGUCAGGCUGUCCCCCAUCUCCAUCCUGUAUUACGACAACCAUGAUAACGUGGUGCUGAGACACUACGAGGACAUGGUGGUGGAUGAGUGUGGCUGCAGGUAA